CAGUUGUCAACGAGGACGAGGAGCUCUUCACUCUCAACGCUGGGCCGUGGGCCUUCCUCUGGACAUUAACAUACCCACCUUCACGAUCAUCUGUCUUUCAUUCAGUAGUUCUUGCCUCUCGGAAUACAAUCUGUCGGCCUGUCUCUCCUUUUGCAUCCUAAUCGUCUUCAAAUCCUGAUCCUUUACCAUGGGGGUCCAGUUCGGCUCUUUCGAUAGUAUUUGCCAAACCGCUGCCCUUGUCAUAUGUCCUCUUGUUGGAUCGGACCAAGGAAUUGAGCCCUCAUGCUACAGCCGCAAUGUAGAGAUAUCUGGGACUCUGAUAUUUCAACCUUCAACAUGUUUCGUCCACAUCGUUGCAAUUAUCAUGACUGCCAUUAUGAUCUUCCAUAUUCGUAGUAAAUACACGGCGGUCGGACGCAAGGAGAUUAUCAUGUUCUUCUACCUUUACGCUAUAAUCGAGCUUCUCGCUAUCUUCCUUGACUCCGGCAUCAUUCCAACGGCGAAUGUCAGCUAUCCGUGGUUUGCAACCGUGUAUACGGGUCUGGUAGCGGCAACAUACUGCUGUCUUUUGAUCAAUGGUUUUGUCGGUUUCCAAUUUGCCGAAGAUGGAACGCCUCUAUCACUUUGGUUCCUCCGGAUAGCCUGCUUCGUAGUCUUUGGUGUCUCAUUCUUUGUUGCCAUCGCCACAUUCAAGGGUUUCGCGGGCUUCAGUUUCUCUAAGCCUAUAGGUCUCUGGAUUAUAUACAUUCUCUGGCCACUGAUCUGCACCGUCAUCUACAUCGUUUCCCAGCUCAUUCUCGUAUUCCGCACGCUCGAGGACCGAUGGCCCAUAGGUGACAUUGUUUUUGGUACUGCUUUCUUCACAAUUGCGCAAGUUAUCCUAUUCGCGUUCAGCGUAACGAUCUGCGAUGCGAUCAAACAUUACAUCGACGGAUUGUUCUUCUUCACGCUUUGCAUGCUUUUGAGUGUUAUGAUGGUGUACAAGUACUGGGAUAGUAUCACGCGCGAGGAUCUCGAGUUCUCCGUCGGUUCGAAGGCAACCGUCUGGGAAGUCAAAGACCCACUCCUAGCAGGCGGUCCCAGUCUCGACUACCCAGAAGAGGACAACAUCAGCAGUUAUCAUGGAGGCCCACCAGCAAGUCUAGUCGGCGGUGUUAGUGGCCAGCAGCUCUAUCAGGGUGGAGGUCGAGGGUAUCCUACAGGGGCAGGAUAUUGAAACAUUAUUCCAAGAGAGGUGGGGGCUUGACGUAUUCUCCUCAUCACAUCUGCAUUUCCAUCUCAUGUCUCCCUGACCCCUGCAUUUUUUUCUGCAUUUCUCGUUGACCAUUUGUUUUGCUUCGGACAACUUCUGAUAGUUUAAUAGCAUCUUUUGAAGAAAUGUAUGAACGCCGUGGAUGUCAUGCACUGGUUGACGAAAUGAUGACUCAAGGAAUGAGUGGUGGGAUUCGUCCAUUCCGUUGUGUCCAUUUUUGUCUAGGUCUACAGUCUCAUGGUCUACUUAUGUGGACUUGAACCGGCACUCCAUACCCAUACGAGCAAUUCGUUCAACAUCGUCCUCUCGAAGACCCAGACCUACUGGUGGUGCCGCCAGAAGUAAUGCGUACUCACUGAUGAGAGAGUUCCGGAAUGGCAGGGUAUCGUCAGUCUGCACGGCACAACCUCAGCUUUAGUUUCACUUCCACUUCAACUCAAAUAGAAGGUACUUACGCAG